CUUGAGUUUCUGGCACAUAUCUCAGUGACACCUCCCGUACGUGACUCUCACUGCAAUCGGGUAUUACGACCUGUAAUACAUGUGCAACGCAUCGUUCUCAUAAUGCAUGGUGGCUUUCAGGUUUCCAAAUCAAUCUACCAAGAUCUACUAUCCAGCUCGUAUACGCUACGGACUUUUCGAGCCGUAAAGAUACCAAUACCUCCGCCUAGUCACCCCUGUCUUGGGGCGAUCCUGCAAAGUUUUGCUCGACGAGGUCGAAAGCUAGGUGACGGGCCUCGCUUCAGCCCCGAGUAAGACGCCAGCGGGACAAGCCCGCCGCCCGUGUAAUCGGCAUCUCAUAUUGGCCCCCGAAUGAGAAACAAUAAGUCGCAAGGUCCGCACCUCCUGUAGAUCGUCAGUAUUCAGCAUUCAAAUAGCCGAACAUCAGGCAGACCACUGCAGCCACAACGUUAUGCAGGCUUUCGCGAUUGCGAUUAUGCAGUGCGAGGCUUCAAUCAUCCAGUGUGGGAUAGUCGUGGUGGAAAGCAAUAAUGGUGGUGCACAAAUUCGACGGAUGCUACCCGGAUUUUCGUCUUGGUGCAGCGAGAUGUCCUGGACUCCAGUGGCGAGUAAUAUUAGAACGGUUAUCUUCUCAAAAAGGCUAAGCAUGCGCAAAUCUGUAUGGAGGAGUCGAACGUGCUGGGCAAGGUAGCGUACUGUGGUAGAAUGUACUUGUAUGCACGCACGUGGGCCACAACCAAUAAUAAAUA